CCGCCUACCGACGGUCCUGCCGCCGGCUCGUCCUCGUCGGCCUCGCCCCCAUCCUGGAGAUCUGCAGGCUUGGGUUCGCCGCAAUCGAUUGCUUGCUUCUCCUGGACGGCGCAGAGGUCCCGGGUGAACUGCAUGAGCUCUCUGGUGGCAAUGUUGUGUAUGUCAGCGCCACUGUGAUGAAGAAGAUCUCCGGGAUGCAGUCGGUUGAUUCAACCGAGGCGAUUGCUGUCAUGCACAUGCCUAAGCAUUUCUGUGACCUCGGUGAUGAUGAGGGUGGAGCUGGUCUUGACGCGUCGUUCCAGUCUCCAAAGAGGAUUCUAGUCCUUGAUGGGAUUCAGGAUCCGGGUAACCUUGGAACGUUGAUAAGGUCAGCUUGCGCGUUCAAAUGGGAUGGGGUAUUUCUUCUUCCGGCUUGCUGUGAUCCUUUCAAUGAAAAGGCUCUUCGUGCAGCUCGUGGAGCCUCUUUGCAGCUUCCAAUUAUCUCUGGCAACUGGUGUGAUCUGCAUGAUUUGGUAACUAGAUAUGGCAUGAAGAUGUUGGCAGGCCAUCCAGAAAGUAGCAGUGAUGGAUCUGAAAAAACCCAUGUGCUGUCCAAAGAGCUUGCAGACUCACUGAUGAGUGAGUCACUAUGCUUAGUGUUAGGAAGUGAGGGCAAUGGCCUCUCUGAAGAGACCGUCCAAGCUUGUGAUCUUGUAAGCAUUCCUAUGGAAGGUAUUUUUGAAUCUCUGAAUGUUUCUGUUGCUGGGGGUAUCUUUUUAUUCAUGUUACAACCCAAACAGCAAACAUAUAGCAGAAUUUCAACUCCGUAAGUUACCUGCUUGUCCAGUUCAUAU